AUGGUAAAUGCUUUAAGUGUGAAGAUACCAACAAUGGUUCUAAUUGGUGCUGCAAAUGUAAAAUCGAAUUCCUCCAGCGUAAUUUUUCCAAAUGGACAAGAGGCAAUCGGUCCAGCAAAAUUUGCCUUGAAAAAAAUUGAGUUAAUUGAUCUGGUCAAUAUGUCAAAAAUUGAUGAAGGUGGCUACUGUAUGUAUGUUAACGUUAAUUCGGAACUACAAGCAUAUAUGGAAGGGUAA